AUGAUUUCAGAAAAUGAAUCCAAUCCAACUGAAUUCACUGUAAAAGGAUUUUCAGACUCACCACAACUUCAAUUCACUCUUUUUAUAACUAUUUUACCUCUAUAUCUCAUCAUUAUCUUAAGUAAUCUCACCAUUUUUGUAUCUAUAGUUUUAUACUCUCAUUUACACACACCUAUGUACAUCUUCUUGUGUAACCUUUCUGUCAUUGACAUUUCAUACACCUCGACCAUUCUACCCAAACUGUUGGUCACUCUCCUCACUCAGUGUAAGACCAUAUCCUUUCUAGAGUGCUUUAUUCAGGUGUAUUUUUUCAUGAGCUUUGCUUGUACAGAAGUCUUACUACUGUCCGUCAUGGCUUAUGAUCGCUAUGUAGCAAUUUGUCACCCUCUUCAUUACUCAAUACGUAUGAGUCCAAAGCACUGUGCUCGACUAGUACUUGCAGUGUGGGUCAUAGGCUUAAUUGAUCCUGUUCUACAUACUAUUUUAAUUGCUAACUUUUCAUACUGUCGUUCUCAUCACAUUGACCACUUUUUCUGUGAUGUAACCCCACUGAUUAAACUUACCUGUAGUGAUACAUUUACAUUUGAGAUAUGGACCUAUAUUGAUGGGACUCUCCUGAGUGUCAGUGCAUUUAUACUUACAUUGAUAUCUUAUGUGUUUAUUAUCUCUACUAUCCUAAAUAUACAAUCAGCAGGUGGUCGACAUAAAGCUUUUUCUACUUGCAGCUCUCACAUAACUUGUGUUAUUAUAUUCUAUGGAGCAUUAAUCUGUUUGUAUAUGAGACCAACAUCUAUGUAUUCUCCAGGACAGGACAAGUUUUUUGCCCUUUUCUAUAUUAUACUCAUUCCUACGCUGAAUCCUCUUAUCUACACCCUUAAAAACAAGGACUUUAAAGAUGUUUUUAGAAAGAUCAAUAAUACUAAAAAUUGUUGA